AUGCUAUUAAUAGGGUUAUUUUUAUGUCCGGAUACAAGUGGAAGCGCCGUUCACUCUAUGUACUUACCUUUAUUAGAUGACGUAGAUAAAAUAAAAACAUAUAGUUGGGGGUCCGCUACACUAGCGCACCUAUAUCGGUCAAUAUGUCAUAACUCAAUAGUCAAUACCGGAAAUUGGACCGGAUGUGGUGUUCUUCUACAAUCUUGGGGUUGGUCAAGAAUGACCAAUCUAGCACAUAUCCAACAAAAUCAGUUUGAAUUCUCAUUCGCUAAAAGGUGGUCUUCGCUUGGAAUGAAUUAUGACAAUUGUUCCCACUUCAGUAUAACGCAGUACCGAAAUCGUAUUGAUCACUUGGCGCAAGAAGAUUUCAUUUGGCGGCCGUAUCUUGGUCUAGAAGCAUUUCGUCAAGUUGAAUAA